GUGGAUUGUUAUAUGAAAGCUCUUGGGUGUGGCUUCUCCUUGAUGUAUGCCCAUACAAGAGUUACAUGUCAAAAUCAAGUUCCUCUUUCAUGGAUAAGCCAUCAGAGUCGGCCAAGGGUGAUUCAAGUGUCGAAAGAGAAAUGAGACAAAUACUAAAUCAUUUGAACGAUCUGCGGAAUCAGCAACCAAAGGAUGAUGUGCCCCCACCGCCACAUAUCUUUAUUGACCUUUCAUCACCUGAAGAGGAUAUGGAAGUGUUCAAAGAACAAUACAAGGUUCUGGGCUCACCAUCAGUUGCUGCCAGUGCCAGUGUUCGCUGCAAAAAUUUAGGGUUUGAUAAUGGCUGUGUUACUUUCAUGUGUAUCAGAGAUAAAAAGGUUCAAUUUCCUGGCAAAUCUCUUUAUGCUCUGGGCCGCUCGUGGUUCAAGGAAGGGUUCACCGAGAAAGAUAAGGCACAUGAUGUAGGCUGCAUAAUAUCAUUUCCUGUGGGGAGCAAGGAGAAAGAGAAGAAUAAUGAUGAAGACUCGGAUACUUCAGCUGCCAAGAAGCUCUUACGAGACUUUGUCAUGCAGGCCAAGGCUCGAGCUAGAAUUGCCGAAAAGAAGGGGAAGAGGGUUCAGAAGAAGAUUCCUUUUGCUCCUACUCCUGCUAACAAGGUUCAGAAGGAGGUUUGUCUUUCUUCUACUCCUGUUAACAAGGUUCAAAAGAAGGUUCAUUUUGCUCCUACUCCACCUCCUCACCGUGGAGAAGGAAUAAGAAAAAAAAGGUUCGUCCCAAAGAUGCGAAGCUUGAGAGCUAUAAUGGCGAGCACCAAAAGAAUGCCAGAUGCCUGAAAGACUUGUUUGAAAUUGUGGGAUGAUAACUUGAAACUGUGGUGUGCUUGUUUUCAAAUAUUAGGAUGAUAACUUGAAAAAAGUUGUGGUGUUUUGGUUUGCUAACUCUGAACUGGAGUUCUAUGUUUAUGGGGUCAAAAAAGCUUUUGAAA